AUGACUCUACUUCACGAUCAAACGAGCACCGACGAGACACUGGAUGGUCUAUCAAAAAAUGAGUUGGCACAAUUUUUUAGCGAUCUCGAUGAGCUCGCACCCACGAUCCCCGACGCGCUCACCAACCACUAUCUGAAGAUCAGCGGCGUGACAAAUGCAGACAGGCGUAUCACGCGACUUGUUUCACUUGCAGCGCAAAAAUUCAUUUCUCAGAUCGUGACUGACGCGAGGAUUUGCGCACGACAGCGUAUGGAAAUGCAGCCGAAAGACAAACGCGCGAAAGGGUUGGACCCAAAGGACAGGCGAGUUGUGCUGACCGAGGAAGAUCUUAUGGCUGCACUGGCUGACUAUGGCUUGGACAUAAGGAAACCGGCUUAUUUUGCUGGCGGCGUUGCUGAAUAA